AUGACAGACGCCGGCUUUUUUCGGGUAAGUGUCGGCUCGAGUGCACCACAACUGGCCGUUGCGGUCACCGGCCGUUGUGUCGGCUCCCGACCCAUGCCUUUGAUAAUGGAUUUGCCAUUUNACUCAGUUAUGACAGACGCCGGCUUUUUUCGGGGCACGAGUGCUGAACAGGACAACCGAUUCGCCGAUAAGCACAAGAAACUGUUGAAACAAUUGAAGUUUAAUGAGAUUCUGGUCAACAAAGUGGACAUAAAGAAAGUGAAUUUGGAUGUCUUGAGGCCAUGGAUUCAUACGAGAAUCGCUGCGUUGCUGGAGAUGGAGGACGAAGUUGUGGUCGAAUAUGUCGUAAACCAAUUACAGGCCGAAAAG